AUGCGCAUGGGGUGCGAUGCACGGGACGGAAAGCAGGUCGUCUUCGUCACAAAUAACAGCACGAAAUCUCGCGCAGACUACAAGAAGAAGCUAGAUGGCUUGGGGAUCCCAAGCAACACGCGCAUCUAUCUACAUCUCCCGUAUUCUCAACCUUCCCGAAAUAAGCGCAAGGUCUUCGUGAUCGGAGAAACCAGCAUCGAGCAAGAGCUCCGCUCCGAAAAUGUCCCUUUUAUCGGGGGUACGGACCCUGCUUAUCGUCGCGAUAUCACCCCAGAGGAUUACAAACGCAUUGCGGCCGGCGAUUCUUCCCUACUUGACCCAGAUGUCGGAGUCGUGCUGGUCGGACUGGACUCUCAUAUCAACUAUCUAAAGAUGGCUUUGGCGUACCACUACGUUAAGCGCGGCGCCGUGUUCCUGGCCACAGACAUCGACUCCACCCUGUCCAACUCGGGGACUCUGUUCCCCGGCGCGGGAUCAAUGAGUGCGCCCCUCAUUAUGAUCUGGGGCUGGAGCCCGUGUCUCUCGGAAAGCCGGACCAGGCGAUAA